AUGAGAUCAACCAUUUUUUCUUUAGUACUUUUUUUUUUCAUUACAGUCGUAAAUCUCAAUUUACUGCUUCUGUUCAAGGUUUCCACACUGUCUAAGAAAGUUAAUGAUAUGGAAGAAGAGCGACUGACGUCGUCUGAAGAGCGGUCACGUCUAAAAACUGAAAAUGCAGUCCUUAUGGAACGUGUACAUAUUCUUGAAGAACAGCUACAGGCUGCUGAACAGAGAUGGAAGGAGAAGUUGUCGGAAGAGAGGACACGAAAUCGAGAUAUUAUUUCAAGGAUGGAACGUGAGAAACAGUUAGAAAUAGAAAGCUGUACUUUAAAAUAUCAGGUUCUUGAAAAAGAUUUUGUGGGCCUUCGAAGAGAAAAAGAGAAACUUCGGGAUGAAGUUUCGGACUUACAAAGAGAUUUGUCGGAAACUAAGGACAAGUUAACCGAUGCAAAUCUUCUUUGUGAGAAUUUAGAGGAAGAUCGUAUGAAACUGGAACGAGAAUACAAAAAGUUUCGUGAAGAAGCACAACAGGAUAUUGAUAGCAGUUCAGAAUUGGUCGAAGAAUUGUCUCGCCAAACUGAUGAACUUAGACGUCAGAAACAAGCUCCACUACCAAGGCAAGGAUCUUUAACAGAUCAGAUCCAUUACUUGGAAGGUGAAAUUGAACGUUUACGAGUGGAAAACAGGGAUAUGAGAAAGGAAAACGAAGAUCUACAGGCACAGCUUCUACAUGAUUCCGUAGAACGAGGGCAAAACCUGCUCGCCGACGGAGUACCAUCACUUGCCGAAGAAUUGAACGGCAAAGAUUCAACUGAGCUGAUGAAUGCCUUGAAAGAGCAAGAAAUAUGUAAUCAGAAAUUGAGGGUAUAUAUAAAUGGAAUAUUAAUGCGGGUUAUUGAACUUCAUCCAGAAAUAUUGGAAAUAAAAGAUUCACAAGAUUCAGGAUCGCAUAAUACAUCAGCAGUAUCGGUACCCGCUUCACCCAAACAAAAUGUUGGUUCUUCAAGCGGAUGCUCCAGUUUAAACAAUCAAUCUUGCGAUGAAUCUAGUCCCACCUUAAGUAGCAGACUUUAUGCACUGCUACCGACAAAUUCUUGGAGCAUAUUCAGGCGAGCGUCUAGAGAAUCCUCAUAA